ACCUCCUCCGGCUGUCCAGAGAAGCUACACAAACGGAGAAGUUAGAGUCCGUUGUUGCAAUUCUGGUUUGGUUGAUGAGAGUUGUGAGCUUAGGAUUAUCAAAUGACAGAGAAUCCCAAGCUUACGCUGGAAACUGGCUUGGAAUCUGCUGAUAGGCCCUCUAAGAUUGCCAAAACGGAGGAUUUUAGCGACGAAGAGGAGGAGCAGAAGCCUGCAAUUCACGAUCCAUCCAUGAGCCAAAACCCCAGGAUUCAACGCUAUUUGGUGGCAGUUGAAUAUAUUGGGACACGUUUCUUUGGUUCUCAGAAGCAACCCAAUUGCCGCACAGUCGUCGGUGCCCUAGAGGAUGCUUUCCAUAAAUUUAUUGGCCAGCCAGUUUCAAUCUCUCUUUCAAGUCGAACUGAUGCUGGAGUACAUGCCUUGUCAAAUGUUUGUCAUGUGGAUAUUGAGCGCAUAAGUAAACGGAAGCCUGGUGAAGUGUUGCCGCCCCAUGAACCAGCAGUGGUCAGGAGAGCUGUGAACCAUUUCUUACAGAAGAAUGAAGGUGACAUAUCAGUUGUUGAUGUUCGCUGUGUUCCAUCUGAUUUCCAUGCUAGAUAUAAAGCACAAGAGCGUACAUACUUCUAUCGCUCGCUGUCUGGGCCGGAGCCUUUGUCAGCCUUUGAGAAAGAUCGAGCAUGGCAUGUACCAGAGGAACUUAAUCUUCCAGCUAUGCAAGAGGCAUGCAGGGUUCUUGUUGGACACCAUGAUUUUAGUUCCUUCAGGGCUGCUGGUUGUCAGGCAAAAUCACCAAUUAGAACUUUAGAUGAACUUACUGUCACUGAGGUAAUUCCAAGUCCAUAUUUUCCAUCUGUAAUGGACAGAAAACAAAAUGAAGUCAGUGAUGAUCCUCAUGGCUAUUGCUGCAAGUUUGAAACUGGCUGUCAUAUUUCUGUCCCAAGCAUUGAAAAAGCAUCCUCAAAAGAAAUUUUAGGAUUUGGCAAGAGGAGAAGCCAUCGUUGCUUGGUGAUAACAGCACGUGCGUGCUCUUUUCUUUACCAUCAGGUUAGACUACUCGUCGGUGUUCUCAAAGCUGUCGGCACUGGAAGUUUGACAAUUUCAGAUGUUGAAAGAAUUCUGAAUGCUAAAGACGUAACGGCUGCAAGUCCCAUGGCCCCAGCGUGUGGUCUGUACCUUGGAGAGGUCAAAUAUGAUCUGCCUUAGAGGCGUUUUGACAAAGUCCUGCAACUAAUAGUUAUGUGCAACCUGUGCAUCCCUGCCUAAAAUGACCCGAAGCUAUAACAUGCUGCAUUCAAGUUUCAUGAUCUUCUCUUCCAUCUUUCUUCAAAAUUGAAGCUUUUUUGGUGAUGCCAAUCUUAUGUAAGGGGGAGUUGGAGAAAAAGAGAGGCAAAAAAGAGUGGGGUGGGGGUG